GUUCCAAAAGUUUUAGCCAGCCAGCAGCAGUUCGCGUGUUGGCCGAAUUCUAAAUCAAUUAGCAAUUGAAUUAACGGAAAAGGCAAAUCCAAUAAAUAUAAACCAUGGCCUUACGCUUAACUCAAAGAUUGCUGCAGGCACAAACGCCGUUCCUAGCGCGAGGCUACCCCAUGCUGGUGACCAAGGAGAAAACUGAGGAUGUAGCUCACACCAAGUCCGCGCUGCAAAAGAAACUCACGGGCAGAGAUAUACCUUCGGCUCAGUAUGGUGGGCGACAUGCUGUGACGAUGCUGCCCGGUGGCGGCAUUGGACCGGAACUCAUGAACUAUGUGCGAGAAAUAUUUAACUAUUGCGGCGCUCCAAUUGAUUUUGAGGUAAUCGACAUCGAUCCCUCAACCGAGGGCAAUGAUGAUCUGGAAUAUGCCAUCACCUCGAUCAAGCGAAAUGGUGUGGCACUGAAGGGUAACAUUGAGACCAAGUCCCAGAGUCUGAGUGAGACUUCGCGUAACGUCGCUAUUCGCAACGAGCUCGAUCUGUACGUGAAUGUGGUUCACUGCAAAUCGUAUCCGGGCAUUCCAGCACGCCAUAAGGACGUAGAUGUGGUGCUCAUUCGCCAGAACACGGACGGUGAGUAUGCUAUGUUGGAGCACGAGUCCGUGCCCGGCAUUGUGGAGAGCAUGAAAGUCGUCACUGUGGAGAAUGCGGAGCGUGUGGCCCGCUAUGCCUUUGAGUAUGCUCGCCAAAAUAACCGCAAGCGUGUCACAACAAUUCACAAGGCCAAUAUAAUGAAGCUAUCUGAUGGUCUGUUCCUGGAAGUCGCAAAUCGUGUCCACAAGGACUAUCCGGAGCUGGAGCACAACAAUAUGAUCAUUGACAACACCUGCAUGCAGGCCGUCUCCAAUCCCCAUCAGUUCGAUGUGAUGAACAUGACGAAUUUGUAUGGCACCAUAGUUUCCAAUGUCAUUUGUGGUCUGAUUGGCGGCGCUGGUCUCAUCUCCGGACGCAAUUAUGGCGAUCAUUACGCCGUUUUCGAGCCGGGCACUCGUAACACUGGCACAGCCAUUGCCGGCAAGAAUGUUGCUAAUCCUGUGGCGAUGAUCAAUGCCAGCAUUGAUAUGUUGAACCAUUUGGGCCACAAGGAGCAUGCCAACGUGAUUUAUGAGGCCACGUAUCAGACAAUUGUUAACGAUGCCAUACGCACGCCAGAUCUGGGCGGCAAUCACUCCAGUACCGAUGUUGUUGAAAACAUACUCAAGAUUUUGAGUACCAAGCGUGUGAAUUGGCCACAUGGAAACUUUUUCAACCAGUUUUAACUAAAUUCCCAAACCAAGAAAAUUAUAAUCAAUCAACUAAUAACUAUUAAAACAAAACAGCAAAAUAAUAUUAACCCACAACUAAGCCAAUCAGAGAAAACUGUUAUACAGUCCUUUAUUCCCCAAGUCACAGCGUCUAAUAUGAUGUUAACCUCACGGCAAAAAAAAAAAGAAUCAGAUUAAAUCUGUUGUGGUCAAAAUUUUGCGCUGCUUAAUCAAAAAAAAAGAAUGAAAAACCUCCCCGCCCCAGCUAAGUGUUAUGUGUAUUCUGUUCGCAACCGAUGUCAAAGUGUUAUACUUCAGAUUUUCUCGCAAAUUUUCUAAACUCUUGACCCACACUGUCUUUACUUGAUUAACCAACCUAUUUUAUUGAACGCGAUUUCUCCUAGUCUUAUAUACUAUAUAUACACAUCCUCCUAAGCUAAAAGUUUGAUCAUGUACUACAAUUUUUAGAAACUCUUUCAAAAUGUCAACUGCUAAGUUAAAAAGCGAUAUUAAAUUGUAAUAUUAUUUUUGAAA